CAGUGAAUAUAAAACUUUCCCUCUUUAUGCCCCCCAACCUCCACCCCCUUCCGGGCUCUCUCCAGAGGUCUGCUCAGCCUCAGCGGAGGACUGAGAUAACGCCAAGGACUUUUGCGUUCAGCAACAAUGUAAAAUAACUCUCGCAAUCUCUCUCCCAAAUCCCAGCUGGACUACAGUGGAUGUUUCUUGUUAACCUUGUUUAUUUGUUAUCACAUAAUUCACUAUGGUUUUCAGUGGGAGCCCUCCCUUGGAGCGCAGAAUACGCACGGUCGUUUUGGCACUACUGCUUUGCGCACAGGCCGGUUUUGGUUUCUCAGUCGCCGGACAGGAUGGCACCUGCGAGGCCAACGGGAGCAUAUACUUCGUGGGGGAAUGGUAUUUUCUGGAAUCUGAUCAAUGCACCCAGUGUGAAUGCACCAGUGAGGGCUCUGCAUGUUCCCGCACUGAGUGCAGCUCUCUCCCGGCUGCAUGCAUCCAUGUGAGCCACUACCCGACCGACUGCUGCCCCAGGUGCGAGAAGAUCGGAUGUGAGUACCGAGGAGUGGUGUACGACCUGGGGCAGAACUUUCAGCCAUCAGAAUGUGAGCAGUGCACUUGUGACAGUGAUGGUAUCGCCCGCUGUCUAGUUGCAGAUUGUGCCCCGCCACCAUGUGUCAACCCCAAUUAUCAGCCUGGGAAAUGCUGCCCUGAAUGCAAGGAGGGUCCUAACUGCUACGUGAAUGCAUCCCGCAGCCAGGUGAUUCCUGCAGGAGAGCCCAUCUGGGUCGACUCCUGCACCAAGUGCCGCUGUCACGAUGGCCAGGAUGCCGGCUUCUGGGAGGGAAACCGCCUCGCCUCCUGCUCCCGCCUCAAAAACUGUACGCCUGAACAACCAUCCGUCAAGAAAAACUGAUUCAGAAUAUCCAACCCCCCGAUUUCUGAUCAACUUCCAUCUCUAAAAACAUUCUCUUUUCCAAAAGCCAUCAAAGCAGAUUAGCAGAUUAUUCAACAAGGAGUUUUGUUCGUUUAACAUUUCUGCAACACUGAUGAGACCCAUUGAGUUUGAAACGUUGGUUAACAAACUCCUGGUUUUCUCCAUGUCAGACGGUUUUGUCAAUUUUAUCAUGUGCAAAGUACAUUAUGAACAAAUUCAUUAUUAUCUAAAAGCAUGGUCCUGUCAUAUGGAUGGGCUCUGAGUCCAUACCUUUAUUAGUUUACUUUGUAUUGUCCAACUAACUAAGACACAGACACAUGUUGGCAGGAUAAACAGUGCAUACAGGCUGGUAAGUGAAAGAUCAGUAGGCCCCCUAAUAACCUCAUACGGCCAUAUCUAUGUGAAGAAACACAGAAAAGACGUUAUCAUUAGUUAAAGAACUGAAUUGUAGUUCUUGAAAACCAUUGAAAACAGUGAAGGAAAACAGGAUUAAAUCUCCUCCAAUUCAAUAAUAUGGACGGCAGUAUUGUCAAAUAAGACGUUGGAUGUAUAGGGCCUGACCUUCAGCCCCUGAGCUUACUGUAACAUCUGUAUUCAUAAACAAAACCCAUAAUCAAACAAAUAUGGUUUUCAAAAAGAAAACCUAAUAAAAACAAGCUUAACUCUUGAAACAUCACCAAAAUUCAGAUAUUUACAGUUUUUUUAUUUUGUCUGCCUGGCCAUGGUUUCUUCAAAAAGUCUAGGACUUAAUGUGCGAGUAAGCUUUUGUAGAGUUCUUUUUUUUAUUCUGACGUGCUUCGCAACAAAGCCAAUGAGAUUAUUUGAUGAUAAAACAAUUGUAAUUGACUUGUCACGGGUUGAUGCGCCAGCCUAAUGAAUGCAGCUGUGAUGCAAUUUAGACUAGGAAAUGGCUUAGCAAAGCGAUUAACAAUUUGUAACAGUCGUAUCAAUUCUGCAGUUCAAUUUCCAGGCCCAUUGAAAUAUAACUCAUAUGACUAUGGCCUAACAUAUGACUAUACAGUAGUUUAUAGGCACGAGCAAUGUUUGUUGUGAAUGUACUGUAGAAAAAACAUCUUUAAUGAUCUGCUUUGUUAGUUAUCGACUAGAACAAAUGUGGCCUUUCAUAGAAACAACCUUUUGAUAUUUCCACUCUUUUCAAAAUGCAGUUGUCAUUUACCUUUAUAAGAAAGAUAUCUGAAUUGUUUUAUGUAGUUUUAUAUGCAGCAGAUAUUCCUACUGUUAUUUGUCAAUAUCUAACCACUUUAAUCAUGAGGGACCUUUAAAUGAAAACCAAAAAUAAACCAGUCUUGUUAUAUGUUUAUGUGUAGCGUUUUUUAAACAUAGACUUAAGUAUAAGACUCCCAAGUGCUGCUGUAUGAAGUAUAUCAUUACACCUGACACAAUUCGCUGCAUUAAAUCUCUGUGAAAAGCCUCUUUCAGUAAGGUUUGGGAUUACAUUUGAAACUUUUAGGGUUAUGAACACCUUUUAAAUCUUCAUGAGACUUUGUGAAUGAACACACCAUUUCUACAUUUAUAUUUUCCUGAGGAGAUUGGUAUUCAAACCAAAGUGAGAGAAUAUCACCCAAUAAUCUGAAAGGUUCAAGGAAAAGAUUGACAUUUGUGAAAUACGCUUUGCUUUAUCAGUGUUUCUGAGUGAGAUGCGAUGAUUGAAACCACUCUCGGUGUAGUUCUCCUCAUUUAAGUCUCUGCAAAAAAAAUGUGGAGCUUUAAUUUACUGCCUGUAAUAAAAAGGGAACAAAUAUGAAUCACACCAACAAAUCAUGUCGUGUAAUAUGCCGAUACUAUUCACCGGCAUCUUGUAAAGUAUUCCAAAUCAUAACACCUUUCCAUUAAACAUCUCUCACUCUGUG